CCAUUGCGCCACAGAUCCAAUUGAUGAUAAACAAGCUUCUUAAUUAAACUAAUUAUCAACUUUAUCAUCAUAGAAAACGAGUCCUAUAUAAAGAACAUUUUCCCGCCAAACUCAACAAACCGAAUUUUCAAUUCUCUCUCUUUAUCUCUAUCUUGGAGAUAGAAUCUUGAAUUUUCGAGGGAAAUCGCAAUGGAAGAAGCUUCCGAAUACAUCGACAUUAACCUUUCUCCGGUGAAGCUUCCACUCGAUCUUCCUCAAGAUCCGCCGCUCAAAUCUAACCGCCGUCUCCGCCGACGAGGUGACACUUGGGUGAUAUCUGUGUUGGUACUAAUCCACAUUGGUUUUUUCAUAGCGACGAUGCUCGUCAAUGAUUGCUUCACCAAUUCUCACGGUGAUUGUACUUUUCCAUCUCUCGGAAGGUUCUCGUUUCAGCCUCUAGCUGAAAAUCCAUUGUUAGGUCCUUCCAUGUCCAAGUUGGAUGAAAUGGGAGCUCUAAGAAAGAACUUUUUGGCAGAACAUCAUCAAACAUGGCGUCUUUUCACAUUUCCAUUUUUGCACGCUGGACUCUUCCAUCUUGUUAUCAAUCUAUGCAGUGUCAUCUAUGUUGGGAUUCACCUUGAGCAGGAGUUUGGGCCAUUAAGGAUUGGUAUAAUCUAUAUACUAUCUGCUUUUGUGGGUGCUUUAGUGGCUUCUCUUUUUCUUCAAAACAUCCCUGCUGUUGGUGCUUCUGGUGCUUUAUUUGGAUUACUAGGAACAUUGCUUUCAGAACUUGUUUGGAACUGGAAAUUUCAUAACAAUAAGAUUACAGAAAUAGCUUCAUUAGUCUUUGUCUUUGUGUGCAACUUCUUGCUUGGUUUUCUGCCGUAUGUAGACAAUUUUUCAAACAUUGGAGGUUUUAUAUCAGGAUUCCUUCUUGGAACUGUUCUAUUAUUCUCCCCACAGUUCCAACAAGUAGCUCCAAGUAAAGGAGAUCAAAUUGAUUACAGUCUCAAAAGUUACAUCAAGUUGAAGUUCAAGCAAAAGCCAGACAGACCAGUUACUAGGAUUGUUUCUCUUAUCCUCUUCACCCUGCUAUUGGCUGGUUGUCUUGUUGCAGUUCAUUAUGGAAUCAACAUCAACAGUUAUUGCACAUGGUGUCCAUAUGUUGACUGUAUCCCUUUCACAAGCUGGCACUGCAAAGACAGAGAAACCUUUUGUGAGACAAUGGUGAGUAAUGCUCACUUGACGAUGACAUGUUUGGGGACUGGCAACUUUAAGGUCUUUCAUUACACCAACAUAUCUCGAGCAAGGAUUAAUGAUUUGUGCAAUUUAAUAUGUUGAUGAGACAGAUUGUUUGGAUAAUUCCUUUUGUCCAAAUUACCAGGUAACACUAGAUAGGUAAAUCAGGUGGUAUCUUACCAAAUUGUCAUUCAUAUUUUGAAUAUAAAGAAAUAGGAGCUUAAUCAGAAACUUAGGGGAACUGAUCAGACACAAUUGGAUACAAGAGUUUGAGGAGUUGGUCUUUGUAUGUAAAUACCAUUUUUGUGUAACAUUUCAAGUUCCUGUAGUGCAAUAAAUCCAUUUCACGCUGGUAAAAAACUGAAGUUGUGAGAAAAAGUGAUUUCUUUACUGAAUUGUUUUUUUAUAAAUGUUUCAGAACAUAGGUUCCACUUCAAGAGCUGGGCUUUCCUGACUUUUCGUAUUGUCAUUUUCAUCCAUUUUAAAAAUGUAAAGAGUGACAGCUAUGUGACACUUGG